AUGGCGCCACCAGGGGCUUUCCCAGGGGUGUCGGUGCCCCCACGGACCCUCUCUGUGGCGGCUACGGCCUCAGGGGACCUCCCUGGUGCGACUACGCCCCCAAGGGACCCUCAUAGGGUCGGCGGCGACCCUAGGGGCCCUCCUAGGCGAGGUCUCGCCCCAUGGUGCCCUGCCAGGUGCUGUGGCCCCCCGAGAUCUAAAAAGUGCAAAAAACAGCUGGCCGAAGAGGAUUUCCCAAGGGCGACAGUGUCCCCAGGAGCCCUCCCAGGAGCAACAAUGCCCACAGGGUUCCUAAGAAGAGCUUCAGUGCCCCUAGGGGACCUACCAAGGGCCCUCCUUAAGGGUGGCAGUGACCUCAAGGGGGGUGGCAUACACAGUUGCCCUAGCAGGGACGAUGGUGUUCCCAGGAGCCCUUACAGGUGCGGUGAUUCCCCCACGGGGCCUAGCAGGGACGAUGGCGCCACCAGGGGCUUUCCCAGGGGUGUCGGUGCCCCCACGGACCCUCUCUGUGGCGGCUACGGCCUCAGGGGACCUCCCUGGUGCGACUACGCCCCCAAGGGACCCUCAUAG